CUCAGAGGGAUCAUGGGAAUACAUGUGGACGGAGGGAAAUUCGAAAUAUUUCAUAAAAACUGUACAUUACCGUACCUAUGUAGUUCAUUUUACUCGUGCCCAGUUGUAUGUAUGUGUGUGUAACAAGACAGAGGACUGAGAUGCGGUUUAGAGGCACAUUACGGCGUUUGAAUGGUGGAAUUAACCUAGCUAGCUAACUUAAGCUAGCCAGUUAUACUGGAACAUAAACAAGAAGACAGCAGACAGCAGUUAUGCCUAGAUGAUUCCUCUAUAAUCAAUUACGGGACAUUUGCGUUUCCUCAAAAAUGGAGUUGAAGUUGGAAGUUGUCCUGUCAUCCAGCAUCAAAAGAAAGAAACCAUGGCCGCGAUUCUGCUGGCUUGGUCAGGAGAAGGAGGCUGUCUUCCUGUUGGAUGACAAGCGAAUCAGUGAAAUCAACAUGGUGACUGGUCGCACUAAGAAAAAGACCCCUAAACUACAUCCCUUGCUCAAUACUGUGGUCACUAUGGCAGCAUCUCAGACAGGUGCAUGGCUUGCUGGACUGCUGGUAUCAGGGGAGCUGUUUCUAUGGAACAGGGAUAAGGAUUGGUUGAAAACUGCUUCAGCAGUGCCAGAAGUAGCACAACUGAUUGCUUCUGUUAAAGGGAAUGCUCCCCGUUUAGCCCUCCAUGUCUCAGGGGACGGGAUGCGUGUGGUUCUUGCAGCAGUUACAGGGCACAUAUACCUGUGGGAGUGUGCUGACAUCAGGGGUCUGAACGGGGUGCGAGAUGGGGUCGUCAGGGGACGCUGGGCACACAUACAGCCCGCUGAAGAUGCUGCUCUGCCUUUGCUCAAAGAUAAAGAAGCAAGUCAGCAAGGCAUCUUUGUCAAGAAUGAGGCUGUUGGUGAUAUCUUCUUAUCAGCAUGGGUGUUCACAUCUGGGGACAAGCUAACCAUCACCUUCCUGAAAAUCCGAUGGGAGGAGGUGCUGGCGAGAGAAGUUUGUGGUGUAGAUUACAGCGUCAAGUGGGCCACCAAGACGUACCCCAUGGCCAGUCUCACUCCGCCCUGUAAACCAGUGAAGUCCAGAGGGGCACUGGUGCCGGCCUUGUCCCCUGAUGGUCGACUGCUCGCUGUAGCCUUAAACCAGAGAGACCCCAGGGCUACACAGGUUCUCUUUGUUAGCACACAGAACUUUGUGUCAAUAGCCAGAGGAUUAGGCGGAUGUGGGAGCAAGAACUUGACUAUCCCUUCUAAAUAUUUAAGAUCCUACUGGGUGGGCAGUGUGAGCUGGUCUCCCACAGGGCUCUUCCUGGCUUGUGUUCUGAAGAGAGGGUCCCUUCUCAUGCUGGCACGGCUCGGGGAGCUGCUCAGUCUGUCCAGCUCCGGCUGCAAUGUCGACUUUGGGCCCGCCCACUUCCUACCACUGCACCCUCUGGUCACCUACAGGCCGCCAGAGUCCUCCCGGGGAGCGGAGGCCUCUCUCUCCAGCUCCAGCGUGUCCUUCUGGGACGUCCUGAGGCAGCGCUUCUCCGUGACCUGGCACCCCCGGCUCUUCUACCUGGUGGUGUCCGACGGCUACAUGGUCACGGUGCUGCGGCUGCUGGACCGGGCCACCCCGGCGCUGCUCAUGACCGGCCUGCUGCAGGAGGCCAGCAGGGACAUGGAGGGCACCGUCCAGAGGCUGGAGAAGACCCAGACAAAUAUUAGGGCGUGGUUGGACUCUGUGUCAUGCCUGGGCAGCCAGAAGGAGGAAAUGGAUCCCUCUGUUAAGUCUGGACCCAAUACGCUCCACUCUAAGGCCCCUUCACCGGCCCAUGCCAGCUCUCUACCUCUCUUCCUGCAGGACCAGGGAACCAUGAGUGACACUCGCGAGCUUCUUCACAAAGCACAGGCUUUUUUCGAGGACGACUCCGAUGUCGACGUGCGCGCGGCCGGUUCGCACCGGGAAGACGGCGGCGUAUUAGAGUUCGCCUCCAUGUUCGACACGCUCCACGCCAGGCCGCGCCCCCACUCGACCGGGUCCUUCGGGGGGCCCGCGGAUCCGCAGGAUGACCCACCGGCGACCCGGGACUCCUUCUCAGCCACCUGCCCAGAGAAGAAGACGUCUUGGUCUAUGAGGACCCUGGGGGGGGUCAAGGUUCACCUGCUGACCGCCUGGGCUCUUGGGCUGUCUCUGGGAGGAGCGUCUGAGGAGCACCAGUACCUCCUGACCCACACCGUCGGCCUUGUGCUACGGCUGGCCGCCUUGCUUCGUUAUACCGGCGCCAGCACCGCCUCCAGCACUGGCGUUUGCAGCAGCUCUCGCGUCUCACAGCUUUUCAGUGCCUUCCUGGUGUUCCUCUCCUGGGACGCGUUCCACCCCGGCGGUCAGAGUCGCCUGGCGUCGGUGGUGGAACUCACCCACAAGCUGGCACAUCUGCUGCUGUCCCCGCUGCCCGAUGCCUGGCCCAAGGGUCGCUCCGGCUCCCAGUUCUCGUCCCAGAGCAUAUCCAGCGCCCUGCGCGUUGUGCGGCAGGGGGCAGACAGUCUAGACCACGCCUACACUCUCCAGCAGAGACGGGUCUGGGCGUCUGCACCUCAGGGCUCCGGUAAGGACAGACCCACAGAGCUCUGGUCUUCUGAUGUUUACCGUGUGCCUCUCCUACAAGACUUGAACGAAGGGGGGACUGAAUUCAGUCAGUCGCUGCCCGUUCCUCAACGGCCGUCUAGCAGGCUGCUGGGGGCGUGGCAGUGGCUCUACAGCAUCACCCAGCGCUACAUGGAGGAGCUGCAGGGCCUCGCGGGCUGCGACGGCUGGGCGGAGGAGCAGGGCCGGGCGUCCGUCGUGCUGUCCCAGAUUCAGGAGGCUCUCCAGGGCACAGGGGCCAGGCUGGAGGACGGACGGGCCCUGCUCAGCUGUCAAGGAGAACGUCACUUCUUGUUUGGGUCGUACGCUGAGAGCGCAGACGCAUGGAGGUCAGAGAUGUGGACUGAGAGGAACAUAAGUAGUGAACGCAGCGUGUUCCAGGAGACGCGGCUGUGCCUGGCCAUGCUGUACGGACUGCUGUUCCAGUACCGUCUGAGGGAAGCCCAGGCCCUGGGGGACCGCAUGGCCCGGCUGGUGAUCGACCCUGCCCCCCCCCGCCCUCAGAGCACUGACCCCACAGAAGGCGGGGCCCAGUGGGAGUCCUGGCUCCCGGCGGACCUCCACCGGGACGCGGCCCGCGCGGCGGUGCAGACCCUGGGGAGGUUCAUGGCCUCCUACUUCACCAACCAGCCCCUCUGCAUCCUGCCGCCGCACAGCGUGGAGCUGCUGCCUCCGCUCCACCUGCCUCACGAGCCCUCCCUGGGUCGCCUGGUGCCCCUGUGCCAGGAGAGGGUCUCCCGGGCGGUGAGGGAGCAACACGUGUCUGACGUGUGGACGGUGGACUACGCCCAGGACCUGCUGCUCAUCGGCGGGCUGCUUCCCGAGGCCGUGUGGCUGGCCGACCGCCUCGGAGACUGGAAGACCGCCGCCUCGCUCAGCCUGGCUUAUACCAGCUACCGGGACGAGCACUCUCCCGGGGUGUGGUUGAGAGAACUCCAUUUCCCAGCAACCUUAGAGACAGGAAGUAUUUUUCAGGAUCAGCUGGAUUUUCUUCUCAGUCGAAACGCAGACUCAAAUGAGACCGAAGGAGGCUGUUCCCCGGAGUGGUCGGAGGGCGAGGACUGGGACGUUGUGCAGGGCUCGGUGCAGGAGAUUCUGAAGGCCUCUGUCAUGGCCGGGGUGGACGUGGUCUCAGGGCUGCUGUCUGACCUCAUGGAGUCGGCUAAGGCCCUGUCCUCCUGUCUGACUGCCCUGGUGCCCCAGGAACUCUACCUCCCUGCCCCUCCACUGUACUGCCCCCAGCCCGCCUCUAACACACAGGACCCUGCGGGGACGGGGGGCCGUCUCUCGGAGGUCCCCUCCCGUCACAGGGUCUCCGCCGUGCUCCAGAGGCUGCUGCUGCUGCUGAGGUCCGCUCGAUGCUGCCGCCCCGCGGCCCAGUGGUACAUCAGCCAGCUGCGACGCGCCAGGCACCUCCAGUACAAGAUCAAGAAGAAGUACGGCCACCCGUGUGCUGCUGAAGAGGAGGGGGUGCUCCCAGAGGGGCUGGGGAACCUGGUGAACCGCGCUGGGUUCUUCAGGAAAGGCCCCCAUAGAGACGGCCAGCUGGACCCCGUCACCAUCCAGACUAUAAGCUGCUUCAGGGACCUGUGUGGGCUCUGCUGGCUGCUUCACGUCAGGGACCAGCUGUCUAUAUCCUGUCGGAGGUAUCAGGCAGCCAGGCACGCGCAGAGAGACUCACAGGAGUUUGACGACCCUGAGAUGAUCUCUUCCUGCGUGGAAGCGGUCCACUGGGCCUGCAGACUGCUGCCCUUCUCUCGCUUCCUCAACGCAGAGGAGAUGCUGCAGGACGUCCUGCUCAGCCUUGUGUCCGAACUACCGCCCCUCUCUAUGGUGGCAGACACUCUGGUCCGGGCGUUCCCAGCAGAAGAGGAAUCGGUGCGGGUUCCUCUGAGGGAGAAAUACCACUCUCUGCUGGAGAGACUGAAGAACUGCACAGUGCUUGGAGACCCCGGGGAGUCGAGCAGUGAGGUCAUGAUGGUCACGCUCCAAGUCAAGAGGAGGCAGAGGAGGAAGGACCUGCAGCGCCUGCAGAGACACCUGGCCCCGCCCCAGCUCUUCCUGUGGGAGAGGGAGGAGGAGGAGGACAACAGAGGUGGAGGAGGAGGAGGUGGAGGAGGAGGAGGAGGAGCAGGGGGAGGCGGCCGGGUUACGGCCCUCCCGGGGCACCUCUCCCUGGGGACCAGUCUGAGUGCCAGCCCCCUGACGGACCGGGGGCAGCCCAUGGUGUACAGCGACGGAGACACGGCGGAGAACACAUCAGAAGCUCUGUCUACGGACCUGCCGUCCACCACCACCGCCAGCAAACAAGUACAAGACAGCGUCAAAGCAAAGAAAGCUCCCUCCAAGACGCACAAGGUCCUCCGAGCGGAGCGGGACAGGGUCCCGGGCCCCUCCAGACAACCCGAGGCCCCCCAGCCGGAUCCUGACCGCCCCGCCUUACCCACGGUCGGCACCUGGGAGUUUGAGCUGGACGACGAGGAGUACCCGCGUUUCCUGGAGCUCUUCCUCAGCUACGUGCUGGAGAAGGACGGCUCCGGGGCCUCGGGGGGCGAGGACGUCUGCGAGCUCCCCCUGCUGCAGGGCUUCACCGCCCCGCUGCGGGAGCGCGAGCUGCACUCCCUCACCUUCGACGUGCUCUCCACGCUGCGCCGCCGCCAGCGGGACGGGGGCCACGCCGGCAGGAAGCCGCCCGGGACGGGCCCCGACGCACCCCGGCCCGUGUUCAGGGCGGGACACUGUUACAGAGCCGCCCCUGUUCACGAGGCCGCCCGAUCGGAGCCGCCGUCCUCCGUGGCCUCCACCCAGCCGUCCGUGGGCGCUCUGCCCGGGCUGAGCCCUGGGAGGCAGCAGGGUCUGUUCGGCCUCCAGCAGCAGCAUCGGAAGGCUACUCCGGCUCCAGGGUGGAGCACCAUGGGGGGUAGCGUACGCUCGGCCCUGAGCCCCAGACAGAGCGACGUUCCCUGGGAGAACCUGUCCGAGAGCUGGGCCUUCGGCACGCCCGUUUCCACGGAGAUACGGGCGGAUCUGCAGCACGGCCUGGACUCCGAGUUGGAGGCCCAGUUCCCCGAGCUGGGCCGCCUCCUGGAGUGGAUGGUCCGCUGGGCCAAUAGGAGGACACCGCUCGGAAACCAUGGCAUGAUGAUGAGGAAGAAGAAGAAGAAGAAGAAGAGCGGACCAGAGGAUGGAAGCCCUGACGGAGGGGCGUCCGACGGCGGGGUGGUGAUCCGGGUCCAGGCGUCCGCCCCGGCCGUGCUCACGGCGCUCAGCCUGCUGGAGCGCAGGCGCUCCGCUGCCCUCCUCCCGCGCGCCGACCCCGCUCCCGGGCCCCCGCGGACCCCUGUGGCAGAGCCAAACGUCGGCUCGGCCCCGGCGCUGCUGCCCGAGGCGGGCUGGAAGCAGGAGGGAGAGGGCAGCGUGGACACGGGCUACCCUGGGUCGACCCACACCCCGGUCACAAUCCCGGAUGCCCGGCUGAUGCCUGAAGAAGACCCAUCGUUCGCAUCAGAAGAGGUGACGGAGACGGGGGCUUCUCGAAACACAACGGACCCCAGCGCCCAGGAAGCUGUAACCUAUGACUCUGAGAUGGGGACGAUGACAUCACAGCAGCCCUCACUGUGUGACCAUGUUGUAGCUGAGGAAGAAGGUACGCUGUUAUGCUGUAUAUUUGUGCCUGCUCCCAGCAUCCCCGCCGGGCCAGAAGCGCCCAGUGAGCCAGAGCCUCCAGCCGUCCCCCCAGUGAAGGAAGCCCAGGGUGGGCCUGCACCACCUCGGCCCUCCGACCGGCCCACCCCGCUCACCGUCGAUCCCCCAGCUGACCCUCCUCCUCACCCUCAGCCCUCGCAGUCCUGCAGAACCGCGGCUCCCCCCCCCGUCGCCAUGGUGACCAACGACCCUCCAGCCCCUCAGGCUGAGCCUGUGAGACAGCUUGUGAACGAUGAGCUCUUCAGGAUGGUCCAGUUGCAGCAGAUCAACUUCAUGAGCCUCAUGCACAUGGUGGGCUCCACCUUCGCCAGCCUCCCCUACAUGCAGCUGGCCCAGUCUAACGCACUCCUGUCGCAACCGUCAGCGGCUCAGCCCGCCCCCUUCCCACCCCCUCAGCCAAACACCUUCCUCCCUCCGGUCCGCACCGACGCCUACGAACAGCUUCAGACUCAAGCUGGCGUCCCACUGCGCUCUGGACGCAGCGAUGUUCUGCCCAAUCUGGCAUCCACUCACAAUGCUUCAGCUGGGCCGGAGCCAGACAGGCGGACGGACCAUUCUUCCACUUCCAGGAAUCAUCCCGGCAACAUCGACGGCGCAGAGUCGAUGCAGCCGUUGAGGGUACAGGCCGAGGCCCCAGGAAGUCCUCCGGGAGAGAGUCGGCGGUUGAUCCAGACCUCCCAGGGGCCGCAGGCCACCCUCGACCGCGAAAAACCUCUUCCCUCCAUCCCCAUGCCUUCACCCUCUGACCUCGACACCACCAGCCACGGCACUCCCUCCCUCCUCCAUCCGGGGCUUAAGCUGCUCCGUCUUCCCCCUCCGCCCGAUUCCCCCGUCCGACAGGCCUGGGCGCCCGAGGCCCCAAACAUCGGCCUUCCCCAACCCGACCGACGCGCAUGCGAUGAAGACAGGGCAGCCUCGUUCUGGGCAAACGAAGAAGAAGAAGAAGUAGACGAAGAGGAAGUGUUGUUUGCUCCACCAGCACGCCACAGUCAAUCUUCAGCCAUGGGCUCUGGACGUAGGAGAACCCGGGCGUCAGGGCCCUACUCCAGGACCUCCCAAAGGGCAGAGAUGUCACCGCUUCCCCACCCUGACCUUCCAGCCCGCGGGGCCCCGCCGGUGGCAGGGCUCCGCCUGCUCAGCUGUCACUCCCCGACCGCCCCCACCCCAACCGCGUUCCCCCAAGUCGCCCGACCGUCCACCCACAGACCGGUCAGCACCCUCAUCCCUGCUUUCAGCCAACCACCACCGCCACCACCCACUAUCCAGCUGCUAUACAUCGACCCUGAACCAACAACGGUGUUUCCCCGCUCCACUCCUGCACCCGAAAUCAACUAUGUGGACCUUCUGCAGGACCUGAGGAGACUAGACCCUGAGGUCAGGACCCCGUCAGGCCUCCAGCUGAUCUCAGCGAGCCCACCACCAGAGAACCGAAGCGCAGCAGCACUCCUUGACGUCUCGCUCUCUUCCCGCAAAACUAGGAGUAGAAAGGACAGGGCGAAGACCGGAGAGAAAGUCACAUUCAGACCGGAGGAGUCGAUCAUUCCCACCCAAGAGCCAAACGAUGGACGGGCCAAUGAUCAGUCUGCAGUUGGCAGAGACUUGGCUGUUCUCUUUGAUGAUCCCCUGCUUGUGGGUCAGAGGUUAAUGGACAAGGCCUACGCCACCUCAGCAGAGCUCCACGCCUUUGCCUCCACACACAAGAGCCCGCCAGAGAGCCAUGACGCCUUCACCAACACGGAGCCCGCUGGGCAGGCUAAACUUGUGGAUAAAGCUGUAUCUGCAAUUGCUUCAAACCCUGAAUCGAGCCCUGUCCGGGACACAGAGGAGAGCCCGAAGAGACCCCAGCAGAACCAGUUCCUGAACGUAGUGGACCUGGAGGAAGAGGAGGAGUCUCCGCUCAGAGGCCCCGCCCCCGGGUCCCGCCCCAGGUCCCAGCAGGACAUACAGCACCCGGCUCCCUCUGCAGCCCAGCUCCACCUCAUCGCAGCCGCCGUCGUGAGCAACGCCGGGGCGAGGACCUCAGACACACCCGCCGGGGAGAUGGCUGAGACCGUACCUCCACCAGACCUCCCAGACCCCCCUCUCGUCACGUCCACCGGCGAUCGUGUGACGGACGCUCUACUCCAGGGCUGGCCGGGUCCCCCUCACACCGCUAGGGCCCCUGAACCACAGAGCCCCGGGCCCCUGGGGGCCUCGACCGGGCCCCUGGGGGCCUCGACCGGGCCCCAGGCGGCUCACUUCUCCAGCUGCCUGACGGAGAUGGACGCCCAGCUGGCCGCGCUGCAGAGCAUCGCCGACCACAUGGAGACAGAGUUCGUCCACUCCAGGAUGUUGGUGCCCACCAUCGACACAUUGACUCCGGUCUCGGCUCAGGGACUCGACAGCAAGAUGACCCAGAGCAAAACAGUCAGCCUCUUCCUCCCAGACAAAGCGUGGCGGUCACCCUCUCGUGCUAACAAAGAGAAUAUGUCUGACGGAAGGCAGCGAGGACGCCGUGAAAGUCAGACCGACUCAUCAGCUGCUAAGAGACAGUCUCUCUCUCUCUCACCCCUGUCUCCGAACACCCAUAGAGGAGCUCCGUCCAGCCCUCGUACCCCUACAAGCAUUAAAGACCACAAGUUCCCCGAGGCAACCAGGAUGUCACGCGAAGUGGACAGCAGUCUGGGGCUCAGCGGGCUGAGUGACAUGACUGAUAUCCUGGGGGAGCUGGUGAGGGAGGGGGCCCUCUCGCCGUCUGACCUGGAGGUGUCCCAAGCCCAAGCUGCCAGCGGGAAGGAGCUGCGGACCUGGAUGAAGAGGAAGCAGCGAGAGAGACAGGCCUCCUACAGAAACCAGCGGGAGGAGAUGAGGCAGCGGGAGCACCGGCCGUUUGCCAGCGCCAAACCACUGAAUACCACUUUCACUUUCCAGGCUGCGGUCAAGAAAAUCAAAGAAGAUAAAGAGAAGGUGGUGCUUCUGGAGCAGUACAACCAGAGGACCAGGGAAGCCUGUCUGUUGGUCAGUGAUCUGCCGCCAGCUACGUUGACCGUGCCCAGCGCCGCACGGACAGGAAGUGCUCUCUCCCCCUCUUUCAUGCAACCCGCUGCAGCACACAUUUCCGCAAGUUCAAGACCCAGACCCAAGGACCAGUCAAGACCAUCACAGCCCCUCUUUUAUCCCUGGGAACAGCCUGAACAGAAACAAAGAUGGCGAUCAUCGUUGGAGAACCAGCAGAGAUUUGGACUACAUAGACCAGUGAGCACCCUGCCGAAGGACCGUCUGUCUCAGGUGACCCGGCGCGGUAUGAUCAGUGAGGCGAGAGGCAGGGCCACGCCGCACGGGCCGGCCAAUCAGGGCCGAGCACCGCACAGGGAAGGCCCAAUCAAAUCGGCGAUGAACAGAUCUCCUUCCAGAGCGCCCUCUGCUGGAUGGAGAGAGAGGAGAGACGAGAUGGAGAGAGAAGAGAGGGAGGAGAUGGAGAGAGAAGAGAUUGAGAGAGAGGAGAAUGAGGCAUCAAGCUCAUGGGGCCCGCCCCUGGAGAUCCCCAGACACCUGAAUGUGAAGGAGCCUAAAACAGGUCUGGCUGGGCUGUCUGAAGAUGAGGAGGAGGAGGAGGAGGCGGAGGAGGAAGGAGCCGAAGGGAUGUCUUGGUUGGAGAGGCUCUCUGACACUGACACAAGUAACCUCAGCAAGAUCGACUGGGCUGAGAUUGAAAGACUGGUAGCCACAGAGGAAAUUUGAAGAAUACUUUCCAAAGUGCUUUCAUGACUUAUAAUUGUCAAGCCUUAGUACACAGACUUUUUGUUAUUUAAAAAUAUGUGCCUUUACACAAGCACCGCCUCAACACAUUUUUGGAAUUGCCUAUUUAUAAGGUCAUUUAGGCUUGAUAGAUACAGCAAGAUAUGAGUUUGUUCUACUGCAAUGCAGUAUGUUAUCAUUUUAUAUCUGUCGGCUUAUUUUAGGUCAUUGUGUGACUAUUAUUUGUUUCAGUAAAGUGAUUAGGAGAGAAUAUUUUGUAUUUUUAUAAUUUAUUUGUGAAUA